AAGGUCCUAAAAGACAACCAGAGGUUGAGAAAUGUGUCAUUCCAUCUGAUUCUGCAUUCCCUCACUGCAGUGAAAAAGUUAAGUGGAUGCAGAAGUUCUGGCAGUCAGACACGAAGUAUACCAGUCAUGGGGUGGAUGGAAGUAUUUGCUCAUUUCUGAAAUAUCUUAGUGAGGUGGAGAAUUUCUGUCCUCUACGUAGAGGUGGACAUUUAAAUAAUGACUGUGAAAUUCCAACUAGCAAGGAGUUCCCAGAGUGUUCUGGCAAAAUUGCUUGGAUGAGACAGUUCUGGAAAACUGAUAAGUGUUACAAACAGGACCAUGGUGUCAAUGGAAGUAUCUGCUCUUUCAUUAUAUAUUUAAGUGAGGAUAUCUCAAGGACAAAUGUACAAAGCCUUCUUAAUCUCUUAAGGGAUGAAAACAGUCUGAAAUUUCGUUGGAUUAAGGCGAGGAUUGUGCAGAUGUGGCCCCAUUGGCAGGCAGCAUUUUCAGCCUUAAAAAGCAAGAGAGAUUUCUCACAAACAGUUAAAAAAAAGAUUCUAAUUCAUAUUGGACUGUUGUCAAAUGAAAAGAAGCUUCACUUUGCCGAAGAAGCUGGCAAAGGAGGUCCGUUAGGGGAACUGGUUCAGUGGAGCGAUGUGAUAACUUCUCUUUACAUCUUAGGACAUGAUAUUACAGUCACUGCUGAUUUAGUUGUUGCAACAAGUGUGAUUGGGACUUCUGUCAGCAAGAAGUUGUGCCCUCAGAAAUUGCUAAAUGAUGCAGAUCUUUUGUACACAGAUUAAAUUGGCCUCAAAGAACUCAGCACUAAAAUUGGUGCACUGUCUGCACAGUUCCUGUGCAAACUGCGUGUGGUGGACUCCUUUGGCACUGAAUCUCAGUUCAAUUUUAAUCUUUACAAAGAAAAACUCCCUGGAGGAUCUGUAGCGCCGUUUGGACGAUACAACUUAAAUUUACGGCAAUUUCAGACCAUGUUCCCCCAUAGUCCGGACAACACAUUUCUUGGCUUUGUUGUUAAUGCUCAGCCACCAGUAAACGCAGUAAAAAAGUCCAGAAGAAAAGCAAAAGCUCUGGUCUAUGGAAAGCAUGUCAACAUGUGGAAGGAUGUAAAAGAUAAAACCUUCCUCGAAGUCGUAAACAAAUACAUGGAAGUACACGCCACUGUCGGGGGAGGGAAUCAUAAUGAAGUUGCCAGCCAUUUACCAAGUUUUGUGAUAAACCAUGGCGUUGUUACUCCGAUGGAACUGCAGCAGCUCUUGAAUGAGUCAAUGGUUUUUGUUGGACUUGGUUUCCCGUAUGAGGGACCUGCGCCGUUGGAAGCUAUAGCUAAUGGAUGUUUCUUUUUAAAUCCGAAGUUUAUUCCCCCAAAGAGUCGGGCAAACACACCGUUUUUCAAAGAUAAGCCCACGUUAAGACAGGUGACUUCGCAACAUCCCUAUUGUGAAGAAUUCAUCGGGAGUCCGUAUGUGUACACCAUCGAUAUGAAAAAUGUGUCGGAAGUUGAACGAGUUAUGAAGGAAAUUAUGCUGAAAGAAGUUGAACCUUACCUUCCCAUUGAGUUUACUCAUGAAGGAAUGUUAGAAAGAGUCAGUGCGUUGGUUCAAAAUCAGGAUUUCUGUGACCAGAAUCAUUGGCCUCCUGCAAGAGCCUUAGUAACUGUGAAAGGAGAGGCGGGAACGUCAUGCAAACAAGUUUGUCUUUCUAAAGGUAUGGUGUGUGAACCAGAAUUCUUCAAGGCAAUCAACUCUCGCACUUCAUUGAUCGAGAAUGGUUUUCCAUGUAACGCCAGUCGUCUUGAGGAGGUUCCAUCCCUCAUCGCUCCAGGUUACCGCGAAGAACCCAGGGCCUGCAUUGUCCAGACCCAGUCCCUUUUGUUCAGCUGCACGGGAACGAGUCCCACAACUAUGCGUUUAUGCCCGUGUAGGAAAUACAAGAAGGGACAAGUGGCAUUAUGCGAAGAUUGUUAAUAGGGAAAAUCUGUAAUUUCGUAACAGUAAAUUAGUAGUUGGGGUAUUUUUUAGAAUUUAUUUAACAAUAUGGUUAGUUUUCUUUAAGUAUUUUAUCACUCCAGGUACUUAUAUUGACUGUAUUUAUAUAUUACACUUUAUAUGCAGAAAAGUUAAAAAAGAUGCCUUGUAAAUUAUACUCUUGUGGCGUUAAGUUAUUCGUUAGGUCAAUAUAUUAAGUUAUUAUGAGGAGUUAUUAAGAAACUUCACGUUUUUAUAAACGGUAGUCAUACCCCAUUGGUCAAACCAUCGGGUGUGAAACGACCUGUAAGCAACGUUGGAGCACCGUUGAUCUCACGACACUCGCGACUCGAAGAGGUGAAUUUAAAUAACAGAGAUGGGGUUGAGCAGUUCAGUUUCCCGUUGAUUAAGAUUUUCGAUUUUUAAUGACUUGUUUUGAGUUUACUUUUGACAGUGUACUUCUUACGUUGUAAUGGUAGAAUGCAAAAUGAAGUAAAUAACUAUUAUAUUACGUUAAAACCUCCAUCAUGCUUUUAAAAUCGCUAGCCUUUUAGAGCCGUUUCUUUACGUUGACAUGUUGAGUGUAAGACUUUCUUUCGCGCCAUCAGUGAACCAUUGACAAAGUGACUUCCAGUGCUUAUUAUAACACAAUACAAAUCAUGCGAUAUUUCCUCUUGCACUUGAGUGUUAAAAAACAUCACAGCGCAAUUGAAAGUGAAGAACAUUCCCUGAUAUUCCAGUUUUAUAUUUGUUUACAUUCGUGAAAAUUUAAUGUAGAUUACUGAGAUGGACGUUGAGAUUUUUAGUGUAUAUACAUUUUAAGCAGCUUUUUUAAGGACAUGGCAGAUGUAGCUAAAGCCCUUUUGAAUUAGCAAAUGGUUAAUAACACAUGCACAGCGUACACUAUUUAGUUUUGGAUGCACGCGGGAGGUUGCUAAGCACGAAGAAAGGGCAAGAGUCGCUCGAGGUGAUAGCCCAGAGCGACACUAGCUUCUUGAGUGCUCAGCGAACCUCCUCGGUGUACGUUGUGGUGUUUACCAUUUGUUUUAGAACGUUAAAAAAAAAAACAACUCGCUAAACAUUUGCCUACUUGAAAACAUUUGCUCACGUCAGCACAUCACCAGCAUACACCCCAUGGGCAAAUAGCAGAAUUAACCAAUCAGUGCGCGCUUUAGGUGGUUUAUGUUAUAAUGCCAUGUUUAUGCUGUUACCAAACAGAUUUCUUUAAUUUGUAUGUUUUGUUAACCCACCUCAGGUCUUAAGGCAAACUCUCGGCUUUAUCUUUUGUAAAUUACGCAUAUAUAUAUACACGUUACAUAUUCAGGUAAUUGAAUGCUUUUGUAAAUAGGAUUCGUUUUCGUGUAUAGUUAAGUGUAUACCAUUGCCAAAAAGUUCAUAAGCAAAUAGAUUGUUAAGGUAAAUGAGAACAGUGGUAGAAAAACUCUUGAUAGAAAGCACGUGUCGCUGUCUAUAAUUUUGUCUUUUUUUCUCGAGCAUAUGACAUCCUCAGACAAAUGGCGAUGUGGUUGUUGUUUCCACGUACAACAAUUGAAGGUAACAGCGUUCUAUGUCUGUUGUUGUACUCGGUUAAAUUACUGAAAACAAAGCGCCCUUUUUCCCCCACGCUUGUCAAAAAUGGAUCGAUCCUGUGGUCUGCAAACCCUGGCAUGGAUAAGGAAAGGAUUAAUGGUGUCAGCCAGUCUUUCCCUACCCCCGACGGUAGUGUUUUAACCAAGCAAUAGACUAUCUGAGUUGCCUUGAAUGGUUGGAGAGGGUUAAGAACGUGAUAUAUGUUUAUAUAUUUAGUUGUAGCAUUUGUAUGGAAUAAUCGCGUAUCCAGAAGUAAUGCCUUCCAAAAGACUUUGUUUUUAGUAAACUUCUAUUUGAAAGAAUGUUAAAUUAAAAUGUUUCAGUUGUUAUGAUC